CUGCGUUCUUUGCUUCCAGACCUCCGCCAUCAUGGGCCACAUGCACGCUCCCAGCAAGGGCCUGUCCCAGUCGGCGCUGCCCUACCGCCGUAGCGUGCCCACGUGGCUGAAGUUGACGUCUGACGACGUGAAGGAACAAAUUUACAAGUUGGCCAAGAAGUUGGCCAAGAAAGGCCUGACUCCUUCCCAGAUAGGUGUGAUUCUGAGGGACUCACAUGGUGUGGCACAGGUCCGUUUUGUGACCAGAAAUAAAAUCUUGAGAAUCCUUAAGUCCAAAGGCCUUGCCCCUGAUCUUCCUGAGGAUCUCUACCAUUUGAUCAAGAAAGCAGUUGCUGUCAGAAAGCACCUUGAGAGGAACAGAAAAGAUAAGGAUGCUAAAUUCCGCCUGAUUCUAAUUGAGAGCAGAAUUCACCGGCUGGCUCGAUACUAUAAGACUAAGCGGGUGCUCCCACCCAACUGGAAAUAUGAGUCAUCCACAGCCUCUGCUCUGGUGGCAUAAAUGCUGUUGCGUACACAAGCAAUAAAAUCACUUUGAGUAAAAAAAAAAAAAAAAAAAAAAGCAAAAAAAA